UUGUUAUUGUUGUUGAGUGAUACAAGACAACGAUCAACAGCAAACAAAGCAAAAAAAAAAUGUCUUGAAACCAUAGCAACAUUGUUGUUGUUGUUUUCGAAACAAACAAAUUCUAGUUUAGGUAUUUAUGGUCUUUGCAAAACAACAUAAAGAGAGAUACCGAUACAAACAACGAUCAGAUGGGUUGUUUAAUGUCGAAAAAAUCUGAUCAACAACAACAACAACAAUUGGUCCCUAAUCAACAAUGGAUAAAAGAUAAAACUUAUAGUUGGUCUAAUAGAGAUCGAAGUCAAUUGAUGAAAUAUAUGAUUGAAAAUGAAUCCAAUUCGAUACAGAUUCGUUUACCCGGUGAAAUUAAUGGUGAACAAUUUAUCAUACAAAAUUGUAAUGAUUCGACCAUUUGCCUGUAUGAUUAUAGUAAUACAGUUACUAUUGAUGAUUGUCGAAAUUGUACGUUUUUUAUCGGACCAGUUAUCGGUAGUGUUGUUAUUCGUAAUUGUGAAGAUUGUCGAUUAAUGUCAGCAUCGCAACAAUUUCGUACACGUGAUUGUAAACAUUUAGAUUUAUAUGUUUUCUGUUCAACACAACCGGCAAUCGAAUCCUGUCAUAAUCUUAUAUUUUCAUGUUUUACAGCCAAUUAUAAAGGUUUACAAGAACAAUUUGAAAAAGCCAAUCUUCAAAUAUACAAUAAUAAAUGGUUUAAUGUUUAUGAUUUUUCUAUCGAUAAUCGUGAAAAACAUUGGACAAUCGAUUCAUCGAAUAAUAAAUUGAACGAAUCAUUUUGUUCAAUUCCAUUGGACAAUGAACAUUUGAAUUUAAAUUUCAAUCCAUUAACAAGUUUAGUGCCCAUAACCAAAGGAAUUACUUCAUUAGAUAGUAUCAAUAAUGAUGAUGAUAAUGAAUCAUUCGGUAUGAUUAUCAUCUAUAGUCAUUCAUCAUUAACAUUACAUAAUAAAAUUGAAAAUCAAGUUGGAAAAAUUGUUCAAGAAAUACAACUUGAUCAUAAGCAACUUUCACUAUUGAUUACACGAUAUAUGGAUUCUGAAUCAUCGAUUCGAAAUAUAUUGACACGAAUGUUAAACGAUAAGGAAGAUGAAAUUAUGUUGAAAAAUGAUAACAACAACAACAACAAAUCUCGAUUGGCACCUAAUCAAUCAAUUAUUAUGCUGUAUCGAGGUAAAAUUAAUGCCGAAAGAUUGAACGAAAUUUGUCGACGAAUUUUAUGUCCACAAAUUCAUGGUGGAUGUACGGAAAUUAAAUUCAAAAUGAUCGAACGAAAUGAUAAUGAAUUUAUAUUUAAUGAUUGUUUGACGCUCAUUUUUGACAAUUGUUUUUAAUCGAUAAUUUUUUUGGCUCAAACAGAUAAGUAAAAGAAGAACUGAAUGAAGAAAGAAAAGAACAAACAAACAAACAAAAAAAAAGAGAAACAUUAUAUGUACAUUUCACAUAAUAACAACAGAUAAACACCAAUACUCUUUCAUCAAUGAAUGGCUAAUUGCUAAUUGAUUAAAUGAAACGAAUAAAGUUUGAUGAUACUCAAAUGUGUUUUUUU